CGGUUGCACCGAUGCCGGUUACAUAGAAGCGGGUACGGCGUGUCCUUGGGCAGAGGAAGCGCGAGUCGGCAGUUCAGUACGAGUUAAAGAGCAAGCAACCGCGUGAGAGUUGACCAUGGGAGACGUGGAGAAGGGCAAGAAGAUCUUCGUGCAGAAGUGUGCCCAGUGCCACACGGUGGAGAAGGGGGGCAAGCACAAGACUGGGCCCAACCUGAGCGGACUUUUCGGCCGCAAGACUGGCCAGGCCGCUGGUUUCUCCUACACGGAUGCCAACAAAAGCAAAGGGAUCAUCUGGAAUGAGGACACGCUGAUGGAGUACUUGGAAAACCCCAAGAAGUACAUCCCGGGGACAAAGAUGAUCUUCGCAGGCAUUAAGAAAAAGGGGGAGAGAGCAGACUUGAUAGCCUACCUGAAGAAGGCCACCAACGAGUAACGCUGUCCGCUGCCUUAUUUAUUGUGUCCCGGCCUUGGUUUCUUUCUUUUUUACUCCUCCCGUAACUGCCUAUUUAAAUUGGUUUCUGCAACCAGAGAAUUUCGAUCAUGAAUGGCUGUUUUUAAAUUUUGUUCAGCAGUCCUAAUAAAGGAAUUAUGUAGAUUAGGUAGGCUUGUGUUUCAAUGAGAAUGAUUAUGUUUUCUCAUUUGGCUCCUAAUUCUAGCCACCACUUAAGUUGUCACACUUUUCGUUUUCUUAGGAAAGUUUGAUUAGGCCGGGCACUCAAUCGAGUUGGGCAAAUCCAACGUUUUUUAUCAGAGGCAACAGAUGCCACCUCCACCUUGAAUAGUUCUGAUUUAUUCCAAUUCCAUUUACUAAACAGUGGAGUUAGCCUAAUUAAUGGUUUUACUUGACUUUUACCUGAAGUGUGUUUUGGGGGGGGAAUAUUACCCUUGGGGGAAAGCAGUGGACUCCAGUCUGUCCAAAGGCAAGGCCUCCUGAAUUCAAAGAAAUUCAAGAAUUUCUAACUUAAAUUCCCAAACUUUUUGAACAGAAACGGCCCGAUUACAGUGCUUUGAUUAAAUCCUGCCUUUAAAUUGUUGAAAGGCACCUCUGUAUUUUACUGUCUAAUCCUGAGUAAAGACUAUCACAUCACCCUGUGUGAGUGGCCUUUGAAUGACAGAUCCUGCAGCAUCCUGGGGCCAGAAAAUGCACAGAUGAGUUCAGCUAGAGAUAGGCCCUUCUGUUGAGUUGUUAAAUACAUGUUUUAAGCCAAGUUGUACCUUAGAAUUGACUUUUACAAUCUAUUGGAUUUCAAGUUUGCAGACCUGUUGAAUAGUAUGUGAAUAGUAGUUACUUAUCUGGAGGGUUCAGCUGUAAAGGUGUGCCCUUUGUACAUCUGGUAAAUGAUGUGAUCCUAAGGCUUAAUUCCCCAAUUAAACACUUCUGAAUAUAUUUUCCUGAAUGUUCUCGAUUGGUUCAUUAUCUUAAUUUGAACAGAGUCGAUCAAUGCAGAAAUCACACCAUCCAUGCAGGCAAAUUGUCCAUGAUGUUUGGCUAAAUUUAUCUUUUGAGCAGCAUGAAACAACCCUUCAGGAAACCAGUUUAGUUUUUAGUGGCAGUAAUCAGAAAUAAAAAUUCAAAAUUGGCAGAAAAA